AUGAUUAUACAGACAAAUAAAUUAUUUUUUUCUAAAAUUUUUACUUUUAUCCUAUUAAAAUGGAUAUACCAAUGGGCGCAUGAGGCAAAUAUAUCAGGAAUAUCAUGGAAUAAUAUAAACAAUCUAAAUAAUGCACCAAGUAUAAGGUUAAGAAGGUUACUGUAUUCAGAAAAAGAUAUAUAUUACCAAAAACGAUACAAUUCCUUAAAAAAAAAUGCAAUGAAAAUAGUAAACGAAGAUGAAUAUAAUUUCGGAAAUAAAUUAAAUUCGUUACUAGAAAAUAUUAAUUUACCAAAAAAUUUUAAAACAUUAUUAUAUGAUGAAAAAGUUCCCAUAUCAUCUGAUUUGUUUGUAUAUAAUGUCGGUGUUAAAUAUUUCAAUGAUUCAUUAAAUUAUGAUAAUCAUAAAACAGAAUCUGGAGAAUUAAAAAAAGAAUCGUUUCAAAUGAAAAAACAUAAAACAGGAAAAAAAACGUUCUUAUCAAGGAUGUUUAAAUUAUUGAAGAAAUUAGAUACAAAAUAUGAAAAAGAAGUAAUAAAACUAUUGAGUCUUCACUUUAAUACGAACAAUCAAAAUGAAGGUAAAUCUGAAGGAAGUAUUAUUAAAAACUUACUUAUGGUUUUUGCUCCACUUUAUAUAGCCAAAGCUAUGAUAAUUUUGUUUAGCAUAAAUAACUAUACUAAUGCUGCAUUAACGGCAAUUACACUGUUAUUUAUCUCGUUAUUUUAUAUUUCCUUUAAAUUUUUGAAAAAUAUUAAAAAAAGUAAUAAAGCAAGUUAA